AUGGGUUUCGUCUUGAGGCGCUCGCUGCCCAGCACAAUCGUCGGUACUGCAGACACACCGCCUGCUCCCGUCAGCACCGAAGUCGCCAGCAGCGCCAUGGCUGGGUCGGGCUUCAUUAACUUCACCAAGACAAUUUUACUUCCUCUGUCCAUUUCCCUCUUCCUCUAUCUCAUGGUGUUCUACGUCUUACUGCCCCUCUAUCGGCGCCAUCGAGCCCGUUAUUCACAGUACCUCCCUCUACCACUCCAAUCGGUCCAAUCAGCCUCUGCUUCCCUCUCUUCCCGCCUUCUCAACAUCAUAGCACCUGCUCACGUUCGCCAUGGACUGCCAACACUCUUCACCCGACUCAUUGUGCCCUCAACAUGGUCGUUUCGGCGCUCGCGAGGCCGGUCCAACAGCAUCGUCAGCGUAGAUGAGGGCACUCUCUUUGACGAAGAAUCUGGUGAGGCGAUGGUGGGAUUUGACGCCCAAGAACGGAACCGGAGACGAGACGCCAUGGAGAGACAAGUUUCCAAUAUGGACGCCGCCACGAGGACUGUGAGUCGGGGUGCUGGUAUGGGAGGAGAACACGUGUCGGAUUCGAACCGACGAUUAAGCCGGGAGUUAGAAGAGGGAUUUCGUGAUGAUUCCGAUAACGAAGACGAAGACGACCAGGUCGUUGUUGGGAGGCGAGGCAGUAGUGCUAGGGCAUAA